UGCGCCACCUCUCUACCAAUGCAGGCAUCCUCGGCUCCCAGUGUAGACACUGAAGACAGCCAUGUUGUGGAAGGUGGUCCUGCUUGUGGGGCUUAUAGUGAUCGGGAUUCGUGAUUGCAGCUUCAGAUUUGUAGAAAUCAACAAGAACAAUGAGGAUUUCCGCAUUUCUGUGGAGUACGUAGUGUUCCACUUCAAUGAAAAUCAGGAUGAUAAUUUUGCCUACAAGUUCCUGAGGGUCCGGAGAAGUCAGAGCCAGAGAGAUACAUUGCUGUUUUUAAUAGACCUGGAGAUGGGCCGGACAAUUUGUAGGAAAUUUGAUGAAGACAUUGACAAUUGCCCAUUGCAGGAGGGCCAAGGAGAGAAAAAGGUGCGCUGCACUUAUAUUUUGGAGACUCUACCAUGGAUAACUCAGUUCACCAUCAUGAAUAGUACCUGUGCGAAGAUUUAAGCGGGGCCGCAGUCUCUGUGUACCUGCAGCCAAAGUCCCCUUUCCUAUAGGGUGACUGUUUGUAGUCUAAGAGCUUUUUCGAACCAGCACAAUUAAAAUCAUCUCACAGAACAUUCUGGAUCCCUGAA